AUGAAUGUCAAUAUAACUGAGACUACUGAGUAUUAUCUAAGUCAUAUAUCAACAUCUAUAACGAAUGGAUUAUAUUCCACUUCAAUCCCUCCUGCGUUCAUCAAUGGUUUGUUCAUUAUUGUCUUAUCGACAUUUAUAAUUUCAAUAGGAUCAAUUUCAACCAUCACUAAACCAAAAUUCAUUAAAGAUAGUCAAUCUAAAUUCGAUCAGGAUGAUGAUGAUCAUAUCAUUGCUAAUAAAUUCCAAUAUGAAUCAUUAUUUGAAAUCAAUUCUACUGAUAAUUCCAUCUAUAAUAAACUUCAAAUCAUCGUCAUACCUAUCAUGGCUAGUAUAAGUUUAGUAGGAUUGAAUUAUCUCAUCAGGAAUUUCGAUAUUGAAAAUAUCAAUUAUUACUUAUAUCAGUACGUGUUUGUGAUAAGUCCAUUCAUUAUUUAUAAAGCCAUGGAGAUUUUAUUUAUUUUGAGUGUGAGAGUGUUACAUAUCGAUGAAUCAUUAUUACCACGAUUUAGAUUAACUCUUUCUGAAGAUCCAUCGUUCCCACUUGGAUUCAUUGAACAUUUCAAACAAAGUUCAAAACCUUCCAUUCAUCAAUACAUCCAUACGGAAAAGUUGUCCAUUAUCGAACCAACUCCUACAAAUGGGAAGUCAUUAGUGUUCGAUUUAAGAGGGAUAUACAUCACCCCAGUGACGGCUCUAUUGUACGCGUUAUUCCUUAAGUUUAAUCAUAAUUGGAUCGUUAAUGAUGUAAUCGCCAUCUCCUAUUCAAUCUACUCAAUCAAUUCCUUAUUCGGAUCACCUUUAAUCCUUGUUGAAUUGAAAAAAUUCAAAUAUUUAUUCCUUUUAUUAGGAUUAUUAUUCAUUUAUGAUAUUUAUUUCGUUUUUUUCUCAACCAUAAUGGAAACCGUCGCUACUUCCAUUAAAAUCCCCAUUAAAAUCCUUAUCCCAAGUCAUAUCCCUGAUAAAUUCUCCAUCCUUGGAUUAGGGGAUAUAAUCUUACCUGGAUUAUUAAUCACAUUAUGUUUGAAAUUCGAUACUUACAAUCAUUACACCAACGCUCCGCAAUCGACAUACUCGAAAUUAUUCGUGAUAUACGGUAUGUCGAAAAUUUAUUUCAUUACCACUUUAAUCAGUUAUAAUAUUGGAUUAAUCAUUACGUUGAUCAAUUUACAUUAUUUUAAAGUGGGUCAACCAGCAUUAUUAUAUUUAGUUCCCUGUAUGAUUAUUAAUAUUAUUAGUGUGGCGUUAUAUAGAGGGGAAUUUAGUGAUUUAUGGGAGUUUAAUGAUGGGUUUAGUAAGUAUAGUCCUGUUAAGGAUGAAGUUCUGGACAAUGAAGAGGAGGAAGAUAUUGAUUAUGAUAUUGGUAGUGAGGAUGAGGAGUUGGAAGAGUAUGAUGCUUGGGUUGAUAAGGUUGAGAUUAAACGAUAUCAAGUUGAAGAUUAUGAUAGUGAAGAGACUGAAUUGGAUGAGUAUAGAUCGAGAUUUGAUUUUGAGGAGGAGGAGGAAGAGCAGGAUGAUACCUAUGUGAUUGGUGGAGAGGAUGAAGAUGACGACGAAGAAGAGGAAGAGGAAGAUGUAGAGGAUGAACAAGGAGACGUGAGUGAUAUUCUACAAGAGUUGAAAUAUAUAAAAGAAGAUGUAGCAUAUGAACCAGUGGAAUGGUAUAGUGAAUUUGAUAAAGUUGAAGGAGAAGAAGGAGAUGAUGAAGCAGAUGAUGACUAG